UAAAAGCCUAAGGUUUACACCAGCGAAAUUGAGAACACAAAUCAACCCCAAAUUGAGCCCAAAUUCAUCAUUAAAAUGUCUACUUAUGCCGAAGCCAUCUUGAGCUGCUACAAUUUAGAGAGAUUUAUUUUUUUCGCUUGAUCCGACAAGUGCGAAACAAGAGACGAAUUGGGUCAAACCCAUCGCCGAAAAUAAGUGCCACCAGCGUUGCUGCUUCGUCCAACUGCGGGAAAUAGAGACAUACAUAAAUAGUGGAUUAUCCUAAAAGUGACUGCAAUGGAAUUUUGUCCAACUUGUGGGAUGUUAUUGCAGUAUGAAUUGCCACAUAUGGACCGCCCUGCCAGAUUCUUCUGUCCAACAUGCCCGUAUGUAUGUCACAUGGAUAGUAAGGUUAAAAUAAAAAGAAAGCAUCGGUUAGUUAAGAAAGAACUAGAUCCUAUCAUUUCCAAAGACGACGAGCUUGACAAUUUACCAGAAACUGAAGCUCCGUGUCCUAAUUGUGGUUAUCUUAAGGCAGCCUUUGGUCAACAACAGACCAGAUCUGCUGAUGAGCCGAUGACAACCUAUUACACAUGCAAGAAAUGUAGACACAAUUGGAAAGAAGACUAACAUUGCUAUUCAAGCAAAAUCUUUUGGCUUACUGCUGGUUUUCCAUGAGGUUACUCUUUUUAGGGGAAGCAUUACUCGUUGAUUGGGUUGUAUUUCUAUCAAUUCAGCAUUAAGCAUCUUGGUGUUUUUGCAGAGGCUCCGUGCCUAUGACUGUUUGUUGUGCUACCUGGAAUGAUCUAUACUUGCCUCUUCUUUUCUCAUAGUUCUGUUAAGCUAACUGAAAACCAAGAGCUAACCUUCUUUAAUUAGUCAUAAUUUUCACCAUCCUGAUA